UGGUUGUCUUUUUACUGGGCGGCCUCUGCCUGUGGGCUUUCUAAGUGGGAUUUUUUUUUCUCGCCUAACGAUGGACAUACCCGUGGCAACCGUUACGAUGCAGGUCUUGUCACAUAUCUCGCAUCCACCCAUUUUAGCCGGAGGAGGAGCCCUUGACUCUCUCUCACUCUUUUCCUCGAGUCUGCCAACCCCCGGAGCUGGGUUUGGAAUCUCUUGGUAUCCACAACUCACGCCAUGCCGCGCCGCCGGUGUGACCGCGAGGGGCAUUAGCCACGGCCGCGGAUGCAGAGCAACCCCUUCCACGGCCCCGACCCCUGUCCUCUCGCGAUACUCCGUUGGGAAUGCUUUUUCCACCACAGUACACAGUAGAGUGAGGAGUGCGAACCGGUCCAGGCGAAUAGGGAACGAGCGGUUUGGGGGGGGGGGCUUGUUCACGAGGUGGAAGCGGAAAGAGGCAGGAGGCCGAAAAAAGAAGAAAGAAGGUGAGGCUGCAGACCCGCCACCAUCUCCGAUUCUGCAGUCACGAAGAACUUUGUGUCAGUUUUUCUUGUCUUACAUGCGGAUGCAAAUAGAUGCGGAUGCAGCCCAGAUGCGGGAAGGGGUCUACGGAUACAAAGAUCGGGCCGGAUGGAAUACGAAAAGGAGGGUGUUGACGGGAACGGGAAAAGGGAGGUGGGAAAGGGCCUGCCGCGAAUCCAUAAGCAGAAACGACCUCUUGCAUCGCGAGGAGGAAACUGAAUCGGGGCGCAACGGCCACAUUCAAACGACGGCUGGCUGUAUUUCUGACGCGUCUUGCUCCAGCUUCAGGAGGAAACGAAGCCCUCCUGGAGUCGUGACCAUUGUCGGAUUGUCCCCAGCAGCAGCAUCAUCAUCACCGGCUAUUGGAGCCCUGCCGUUCUAUCCUCUAUCUCUCACCCUUCUCUCUCCCCUGACGCACGCACGUGGAAGAAGGCCCUCCGCUGAGAGCAAUUUGUUUGAUUGUGAGUUCCGAAACUCCUCGUAGGAAGGGAGAUCGGCCAGGCGGAACAUGGAACGAACUGCUUGUCGAGGUAUCUAGCUUCUGUGUAAGGGGGGUGGGUUAUCGACAUCCAGGUCCAGGACUCGAGGCCUGAGCCGGGUGGGUGAGAAG